CUUUGUCCUGACACUUGACUUCUCUUUUGCCUUGGAACCGCUAUAAUGAAGACCGAACCGAUCCCUGGUCCUCCAGGCCUGCCCCUUGUUGGCAAUAUUGCAGACAUUGACGCAACCAACCCUAUACAAUCAAUGUGCAACUUGACCUUGAAAUAUGGCCCAAUAUGGAAGUUUUACCUUGGCGGCGAGCGUAUUGUUGUUGCAAAUCAAGCUCACAUGGAUGAGGUCUGUAACGAAGAGCGUUUCUCCAAAAUUAUAGCAGCAUCCUUGGAGCAAGUGCGUAACGGAGUACAUGAUGGCCUCUUCACAUCAUACGGGCCCCAGGAGAAGAACUGGGGUAUCGCACAUCGUGUGCUGCUACCACAGCUUGGUCCACUUGCUAUUCGCAACAUGUUCGACGAGAUGCAUGACAUCGCCUCUCAGCUCGUCAUGAAGUGGGCAAGACACGGAGCUGAACACACCAUUCACGUCACCGAUGACUUUACUCGAUUGACACUGGACACAAUCGCUUUGUGUGCCAUGGAUUAUCGCUUCAACUCGUAUUACUACCAACGCAUGCAUCCCUUUGUUGAUGCCAUGGCCGACUUCUUGAAGACAAGUGGAGACCGAGCAAGAAGAGACCCUAUCUCGCAGAUGUUCUAUGGUGCUGAGACUCAAAAAUACUGGAAAGAUAUCGAUUUGCUGCGCAAGACUAGUCUGGAUGUUAUCAAGACAAGGAGAGAGAAUCCUACAAACAAGAAGGAUCUGCUCAAUGGUAUGCUCAACGGUGUAGACCCAAAGACGGGCGAGAAAAUGAAUGACGAUAAUGUUAUCGACAACAUGAUCACUUUCUUAAUCGCUGGCCACGAAACCACAUCAGGUCUACUUUCCUUUACAUUCUACUUCCUCUUGAAGAAUCCGGAAGCGUACAACAAGGCACAACAAGAGGUGGACCAAGUGAUCGGCAAGGGCCCGAUCACGAUUGAUCACUUGACAAAGCUUCCAUACCUCAAUGCUGUGCUCCGAGAGAGCCUACGCCUACAGCCCACUGCCCCUUCUAUUGGCCUAACUGCCAAAGAGGAUACUACCAUCGGCGGCAAAUACCCUGUCAAAGCAGGCGUCCCCCUUGUUGCACUACUUCCAAUGAUCCAUCGUGAUCCUGUUGCAUAUGGUGAAGAUGCAGAGGAAUUCCGCCCAGAACGGAUGCUCGAUGCAGAGUUUGAGCGACGCAAUGAACAAUUUCCCAAUUGCUGGAAGCCUUUCGGCAACGGUAUGAGAGCCUGCAUCGGCAGACCCUUUGCCUGGCAAGAGGCUCUCCUGGUCCUUGCUAUUCUCCUGCAAAAUUUCAACUUCUCCAUGGAGGACGCGUCGUACCAGCUCCAGAUCAAGCAAACCCUUACUAUCAAGCCAAAGGACUUUUACAUGCGCGCACAUCUCCGGAGCGGCAUUACUGCUACCUCGCUUGAGCGAUCUCUGUCAUCAACGGCCAUGAGCAAGCCACCUCCAUCCGACGGCGCACCUGCCACAAAGCAGCAAUCUGCCAGUGGCAAGCCCAUAUCAAUUUACUAUGGUUCCAAUACUGGUACUUGCGAAGCUCUUGCUAAUCGGCUGGCAAGCGAUGCAGCCAACCAUGGGUUUAGGGCGGAUGUAGUGAACACGCUGGACACGGCUCGUGACAAUAUUCCAGCAGAUGAGCCCGUCGUUGUUAUAGCAGCUUCCUACGAAGGAGCACCUGCUGACAAUGCCGCGCACUUUGUCAACUGGGUCGGCUCGUUAAAGGGCAAUGAACUUGAGAAUGUCUCCUAUGCUGUCUUCGGAUGCGGUCAUCGCGAUUGGGCCAAGACUUUCCACAAGGUCCCCAAGUACCUCGACACUGUCUUUGAGGAACGAGGCGCGACCAGGUUGGUCAACAUGGGCGGCACUGACGCCGCGUCCGGAGACAUCUUUACUGAUUUUGAGACUUGGGAAGAUCAAGUCCUAUGGCCUGCUUUGCGCGAGAAAUACGGUUCUGCAGAGGCCGACGGCGAUGGCUCAUUGGAGACUUUGCUGGACAUUGAAGUUACCGCACCAAGGUCGUCGACGCUUCGCCAAGAUGUUCGCGAGGCUCGCGUCGAGGAGACUGAGGUUCUUUCGACCUCUGAUGCUGACGAGAAAAGGCAUAUCGAAAUCAGCCUCCCAUCCAAUAUGGCGUAUUCCGCGGGUGAUUACCUAGCAGUACUACCCCUCAACCCCAAGGAGAAUGUGCAUCGUGCUAUGAGGUACUUUGGCCUCCCUUGGGAUGCCAUGCUGACCAUCACUUCUGCUGGUCCGACCACACUACCAACCAACACGUCCAUUAGCGCUGUCGACGUCCUUUCAGCGUAUGUGGAACUUGCUCAACCCGCCAGCAAGCGCAAUGUUCACGCUCUUCUCGAAAGCACCCGAGAUGAGACCGAAAAGAAGGAGCUCGCUCGUCUCGCGGAUGAAGCCUUCAGCUCCGACAUCACUGCAAAGCGUGUAUCUGUCCUAGAUCUGCUGGAGCGUUUCCCAUCCACCAAGCUACCCCUUGGAGUCUUCCUGAAGAUGCAACCACCCAUGCGCGUCCGACAAUACUCUAUUUCCUCUUCGCCGCUCUGGAACUCGAACCACGUCACCUUGACGUAUUCAGUUGUCAACCGGCCCGCCCUGAGUGGGCAAGGACGCUACGUGGGUGUCGCGACAAACUAUCUCGCGCAGCUCGCGCCAGGCGACAAGCUCCACGUCAGUGUGCGCCCUUCGCAUCAGGCAUUCCACCUUCCCAAAGACGCUCAGAGCGUACCUGUAAUCAUGAUUGCAGCAGGCACAGGCAUGGCGCCCUUCCGAGGCUUCAUUCAAGAGCGUGCUGCACAGCUAGCCGCUGGUCGCAAGCUGGCUCCUGCUAUCCUUUUCUACGGCUGCCGCUCUCCUGCGACCGAUCUCCUCUACAAGGACUUGCUCAAGCGGUGGGAGGAAAUGGGUGCCGUCUCGCUUCGCUUUGCCUUCUCGCGUCAAUCCGACGAGUCGCACGACUGCAAGUAUGUCCAGGACCGCAUCUAUCACGACCGCGCCGAUGUUGUCGAGCAGUUCGAAGCAGGCGCCAAAGUGUUCGUGUGUGGAUCGCGUGAUGUGGGCGAAGGCGUGCAGGAAGUGCUGAUUAGGAUUGCAAAGGAGAGAUUACUUGAAAAGGAGGGUAGGGAGGUGGAUGAUAUGAGGGCGAGGUCGUGGUUUGAGGGCUUGCGUAAUGAGCGUUUUGCUACGGAUGUUUUUGAUUGAGAGCCUCUGUUGUAGGCUUUUCGGAAGUCUCCAUGCUAGAAUGGUAGGACAGGAGGACUAUAGUACUGUCUUUUUAAUAUGAAUUUCUUC